CGCUUCGUUGAAGUCAUGCUGGUGGCCGACAGCAAAAUGGUGGAGCAUCAUGGCAGCAACCUACAGCACUACAUACUCACAUUAAUGUCCAUAGUAUCUUCCAUCUACAAGGACCCCAGCAUUGGCAACCUGAUUAACAUUGUGAUUGUAAAGUUAGUCAUAAUAAACAACGAGCUGGAUGGUCCAGUCAUUUCAUUUAAUGCACAGACCACUUUAAAGAACUUCUGCAUUUGGCAGCAGAGCCAGAACAUCCUGGAUGAUAACCACCAUUCCCAUCACGACACUGCCAUCCUAAUCACCAGGCAGGACAUCUGCAGAGCAAGGGAUAAGUGUGACACCUUAGGACUUGCAGAGUUGGGGACUGUGUGCGAUCCAUACAGGAGCUGCAGCAUCAGCGAGGACAAUGGACUCAGCACUGCAUUCACCAUCGCCCAUGAACUUGGCCAUGUGUUCAACAUGCCUCAUGAUGACAGUAACAAGUGUAAAGAGGAUGGAGUUAAGAAUCAGCAGCAUGUGAUGGCUCCCACACUUAACUACAACACAAACCCUUGGAUGUGGUCCAAGUGUAGCAGGAAGUACAUCACAGAGUUCCUCGACACAGGAUAUGGUGAGUGCUUGCUUGACGAGCCCGUUUCUAGGCCAUACAGUCUCUCGCAGCAGCUGCCUGGACGGAUAUACAAUGUCAAUAAACAGUGUGAAUUGAUAUUUGGGCCGGGAACGCAGGUGUGCCCUUAUAUGACCCAGUGUCGGAGGCUGUGGUGCACCAGUCCGGAGGGCGCCCAGCGGGGCUGCAGGACCCAGCACAUGCCGUGGGCAGACGGCACUGACUGCUCCCCUGGAAAGCACUGCAAACAUGGCCUGUGUAUAGCCAAAGAGCACGACGCCACACCUGUGGAGGGUGCGUGGGGAGUUUGGAGUCCUUUUGGUACCUGUUCGCGGACAUGCGGCGGAGGCAUCAAGAUCGCUGUGCGCGAAUGCAACCGGCCCGUGCCCAGGAAUGGAGGAAUGUAUUGUGUGGGUCGCCGAAUGAAGUUUCGUUCCUGUAACUCUGAGCCCUGCUCCAAGCAGAAGAAAGACUUCAGGGAGGAACAAUGUGCGGCUUUUGAUGGGAGGCACUUCAACAUCAACGGUCUACCUCCUAAUGUUCGCUGGGUGCCCAAGUACAGCGGAAUCCUGAUGAAGGACAGAUGUAAGCUGUUCUGCAGGGUGGCAGGCAGCACGGCCUACUAUCAGCUCAGGGACAGGGUCAUUGAUGGCACGCCGUGUGGACCCGAUACCAACGACAUCUGUGUCCAGGGCCUGUGCAGGCAAGCGGGCUGUGACCAUGUAUUGAACUCUAAAGCCAGGAGGGACAAGUGUGGCGUGUGCGGAGGUGACAACUCUUCCUGCAAAACUGUGGCAGGCACCUUCAACAUCGUCCGCUAUGGUUAUAAUGAAGUAGUGCGAAUACCCAGUGGUGCUACAAAUAUAGAUGUGCGUCAACACAGCUACUCAGGGAAACCAGAGGAUGACAACUACCUCGCCAUAUCAAAUAGCCGUGGAGAGUUCCUGCUUAAUGGAGAGUUUGUGGUCAGCAUGUUCAAAAGGGAAAUAAAAGUGGGAAAUGCCGUCAUCGAGUACAGUGGCUCUGACCAUGUCAUUGAGAGGAUCAACUGUACUGACCGCAUUGAGGAGGAGAUUAUUGUCCAGGUGCUGUCUGUGGGGAAUCUUUACAACCCAGAUGUCAGGUACUCCUUUAACAUCCCCAUAGAGGACAAACCUCAGCAGUUCUUCUGGGACGCCUAUGGGCCCUGGCAGGAGUGCAGCCGGCUGUGCCAAGGAGAGCGCAAGCGAAAGAUUCUCUGUAGCAGAGAGUCAGACAGGGUGGUGGUGUCAGACCAGAGGUGUCAUGGUACAGCUAGACCUGCUGUCAUCACUGAGCCCUGCAACGCUGAUUGUGAACUCAGGUGGCAUGUGGCUCGUAAGAGUGAAUGCACAGCCCAGUGCGGCCUGGGAUAUCGUACGCUGGAAAUAUACUGUGCCAAAAUCAGCCGUACAGAUGGGAAGACCCAGAAGGUUGAUGACCGCUACUGUAGUGGUCAGCACAAACCUGAUGAUAAGGAAGGUUGCCAUGGAGACUGUAACCCAGGUGGCUGGGAGUACUCGCCUUGGUCAGAGUGCUCCAAGAGCUGUGGUGGGGGCACUCGCCGUAGAGGGGCAGUGUGUCGAAAGGCAGCCGAUGCUGGCGGUGAUGAGAGCAAAUGCAGUCAAAGGGACAAGCUGACCGUCCAACCCUGCAAUGAAUUCCUCUGUCCACAGUGGAAGACUGGCGACUGGUCUGAGUGCCUUGUGACGUGCGGGAAAGGCUAUAAGCACCGUCAGACGUGGUGUCAGUUUGGUGAGGACCGUUUAGAUGACCGCUUUUGUGGGUCAUCUAAACCUGAGUCAGUGCAGACGUGCCAGCAGCAGGAGUGUGCCUCUUGGCAGGUCGGACCCUGGGGACAGUGCACUACCUCGUGUGGGCCAGGCUACCAGAUGCGAGCGGUGAAGUGUGUGGUUGGCUCUUAUGGUGCUGUCAUGGAUGACACUGAAUGUAAUGCCGCCACCCGACCCACUGACACCCAGGACUGUGAACUGGCCCAGUGUCCCAGCAGCCACCCUGUUCCCCCAGGGACCAAAGUCCCCUCCCACCAGGGCCACAAAACCCAGUGGCGGUUUGGUUCCUGGACCCAGUGUAGUGCCAGCUGUGGCAAAGGGACGCGGAUGCGCUAUGUGAGUUGCCGUGACAACCAGGGUGGUGUGGCAGAGGAGUCAGCGUGUGCCCACCUACCAAAACCCCCUGCCAGAGAAGUUUGCUCCGUAGUGGCCUGCGGACAGUGGAAAGUGCUGGAAUGGACAGUGUGCUCAGUCACCUGUGGCCAGGGGAAGACAACGCGGCAGGUACUGUGCGUCAACUUCAGUGACCAAGAAGUGAAUGCUAGUGAGUGUGACCCAGAUGAUCGUCCUACCACAGAGCAGGACUGUGCCAUGUCUCAAUGCCCGUCCCGUUCCAGUGAGUCCCGACCUUUCCCGUCCUCACCGAACGCCAGCGGCAGGAACAACCUGCCCCGCAGCCAAUCCCACCAGUGGCGGACUGGACCGUGGGGCGCGUGCUCCAGCACAUGUGCAGGAGGUUUCCAGCGGCGUGUAGUAGUGUGCCAGGAUGAGAACGGGUACCCUGCCAACAGCUGUGAGGAUCGCAGCCGGCCCAGUGAGCAACGAUCCUGUGAGUCAGGGCCAUGUCCACAGUGGAUCUAUGGCAACUGGGGAGAGUGCACCAAGCCAUGUGGAGGUGGGAUAAAGACGAGGCUGGUGGUGUGUCAGCGUCCAAACGGCGAGCGUUUCAAUGAUCUGAGCUGUGAGAUCCAUGACAAGCCACCAGAUCGUGAGCAGUGCAAUACUCAGCCGUGCCCGUCUAGCCCCCACUGGAGCACAGACCCAUGGAGCUCGUGCACUGCUGCCUGUGGAAAGGGAGUCAAGUCCCGAAAGGUGAGCUGCGUGACCGGGUCUGGCCGUCCGGUCCCGGAGGAAAACUGUCAGUCUCUGUCCCCCAAACCCAGCAAGCAGAGGCGCUGCCGAGGCGGACGAUGCCCCAAGUGGAAGACUGGCAACUGGGGAGAGUGUUCAGCAUCGUGUGGCGACGGGGUCCAGCGGCGGGACGUCUCCUGCCAGGCCGGAGACCGACGCAGCCCGCUGCAGACCGGCUGCUCCGAGCGCUCCAGACCGGCGUCCAGCCAGAGCUGCCGGGUCGCCGACUGCCCCUCUCGGUACCGGUGGAGGGAAGGAGAAUGGCAGACGUGCAGUAAGUCAUGUGGAGCGGGCCACCGACGACGAGCCCUGCAAUGUGUGGACUACAACCAGCAGGAGGUCCAUGAGAUGUACUGUGUGAACCAGAUCAGACCUCCGGACAUAGAGAGCUGUAACACCCAUGCCUGUGAGUUAAUCUGGAUCACAGGGGAAUGGACCGAGUGUUCAGCCAGCUGUGGUCAGGGCUACCGCCAGCGUCUGAUCUCCUGCAGCGAGGUGCAUGUGGAGAAUGACAACUAUGAGUACGGCCAUCAGUCUUUGUCCAACUGCCCCGGGACGCCCCCUGAGAGCUACAUGCCUUGUAAUUUGGACCCGUGCCCGCCUCCACAGGAGUGGAGGGUUGGAGUCUGGGGAGCGUGUUCAGCGAGCUGUGGCGACGGAGUGAUGGAGAGGACGGUGCAGUGCGUGGCGGCAGAUGGUCAGGAAAGCAACAGGUGUUCCCGAGACGCCAUGCCGGAGGCUAGAAAAGUCUGCAGGAAUCCAAGCUGCCAUUUGCCUUCAAGCUGUCAGGACGUCCAGAGUGUGAACGGCCCCCUCCCAGACGGCGAACACUUUCUCAGUAUUCAAGGAAAAGCACUGAAGGUCUACUGUGCAGGAAUGCAGACAGAGACUCCACAGGAGUACAUCACCUUGACGACGGGGGAAGGGGAGAAUUUUUCAGAGAUCUUUGGCUUCAGGCUCAAUGACCCCACCCAGUGUCCUGCCAAUGGCUCCAGAAGAGAGGACUGUGACUGUCGGAGAGACUACACCGCCGCCGGCAUCACCACCUUCUCCAAAGUCCGCCUGGACCUCAGCAAGCUGAGCAUCGUCACGACAGAUUGGCAGUUCGCUUUCACCCAUGAGGGCAAGAAUGUUCCAUUUGCUACAGCUGGAGACUGCUACAGCGCCGCACGAUGUCCACAGGGGCGGUUCAGGAUCAACCUCUCAGGAACAGGUUUUAAGGUGGCUGAGGACACCUCAUGGAUCUCCCAGGGCAACUACGCAGUGGCUGAUAUACAAAAGGCACAGGGUGGCAGCAGAGUGUCAGGAAUGUGUGGAGGCUACUGUGGUAAAUGUACACCGUCCUCUGGCUCCAGUCUGCCUGUGACAGUGGAAUACAUCUAAUACUAUCCAACAGCAUCUGUUUCCAGUGAUCUCUGUGCCUGUUUUGUCAAAGACAUCCCUCCUCUCUGGUGCUACAGCCAACUCAGAGCUCGAACCCGUCCUUCACAUGACCUCUCUAACUCCCACGUGUGUACAGUGUAAAUGAAUGUGCUGUAAGUACUGUACAUAGCAGGAUAAAAAUGUCUUAUUUAUUGUACUCUCCAAUUAUUUUUGUAUUGUAAUAUAAUUUAACUGGUUUGUCGUCAAUAGCAAACACCGCACAGUUGCCAUUUUUCAGAUUUUUGCCAUAAUGUGCUUUCCGAUUUGGAUAUUUGCUUUUUGGACUUUGAAGCACUGUUAUUCGCCCAUGGUGCACGUGUUACAGCCAUUCUGAGACCAAUUCAGGAAGUAGUGUUCAUUCCAGUGAUGUUAUUGUUGUGACGGGCCGGUUGUUCAUAUGCAGUGAGGUGCCUCCAGUCAGUUCGUCCUGUUUUAAACCUUAAUCUAAUCACUACAGGAAAAAUCUGUGUACAUAUGCACAAAUACAACCACAGUUCUGUCUUAUACUCUGUGCCACUGAGUGACCUAGUGAAGCACCCAGGUUCUUAUUGUGAAUAUAUGUCCCAGUCAGAUGUCCCCAUUAAGUCCAGAGAUCCUUCCUGUUCUAAGCUGUGUGCAGCUGCAGCGUGGUCAGGCUGCCUCACCUGCGUCUCUCCAGCACUUACCUGCAGCUGUGGCUCUUUGUCCAGCUGGGCUUGUGAACUGUACUACAUGCUCAUUAACUGGCGAGUACCAGGAUCAGGUGCAGUGAUAACACACUGCAGGAAAAAGCCAGGUGUUGCUGCCAUGACAACCACACCUGCAUUCUUAAAAUGCACCCAUAUUGAUACUGUAAUUUGAAGUAGUUUCACUGAAUGUGAAAAAUCACUAAUUUGCUUCAUUUUAGUUAGUACAACAUAUAAGGUGAGACAGUUUCCUGCCAGUAUGCGCUCUCUUUUUUCAUUAAAAUGGAAUAAAUUAACCUUUUUCUUAUCAAUGCAUCAGCAUCGUUUUAAAUAUGUCUAGAUUGAGAAGAAGAUCCAUUCACGCCUGCAAGUAAAAGAUCGCGACCACAGCCUCUCUGACGGCUGGUAUGAGAGAGCAACUGUGGCGCAUUUCGUGAAUGUAUUUUGUGAAUUUUUCCCAGAAUGAAGUGCAUUUAUGUCAUGAAAGGGUGAGUGUGGAGGUGGGAUUGACAGGCCAGACCUAAGUGAGACAUUUGCCCAUGCACGAACACACUGGAGCCCAUUACUGGAUCAUAAAGAGAAGGCUGUGGGUCGAGAUUAUGCUGCCAGACACCAGAGAGAACCACAUUCCUCUGUGUUCCUGCAUAUCUCUCAGGUAGCGUGCAGUGACCGGAGAGAGCCUUUAGCUUUCACAGAGCAGACAGGUUAUCUUAUCUGGAGCUACAUGAAAGAAAGAGUUCACCUCAGGCCAAUAAAAUUCCGGCAGACACUCCUGGGAUGUAACGCACUGGUCCGGCCCUGGAGACACCUCUCCAGCUGCAGAGCUCGCGGGCCCCGCAGCGCGAUUCCUGUCCAGAUGCUGCCUGCAAACCGCUGCCUUGUGUACCUCACAUUCUUCUCUCCAUCUUUGUUUUGAAGCAUCUGUCCAAACUGUACAUACUGAAAUGCUCCCGUUUAGAGCAAUCUGACUUGUUGUUUUUUGUGACAAUAUCAGGGUACUUUCUGUGUAUAUGUAUGUUUUUGUAUCUCUUCAGCCAGUCCCAUGCAGUUUUGUGAGCAGACUUUUUUUUUUGCAGAAACAGGAAGAAAUCAGACAGUCAAGAAGAAAACACAAAAAUAAAACAUUCUUGAAGCCUUAAGUAUGUGUAUGUAGAGUACAUACUGUCUGCACAACUGAUUAAUAAGCCAUGUUUGCUGUUAUAAGCCUUUCUGUAUAUGGUGCUGCUUCAGUGCCUUGUGUGAUAAUGUGCACACUUCAGCCGAAGUGUGGGUUUUCUUAGUUUUACUCUGCAACUAUUCAAGUAAAGACAUGGAGAAGUGAACAUUUUGUGUCUUACAAACAGUCGCAACUGAUAAAUGCACUUCUCAUUGUGAAUGUCAGAUUUAGUUCAGUCAGCCAGACUUCUCAGGUGCCAUAAAUGAAGGGAUUUUUUUUUAUGAUAUUGAAAUGUAUGUAUCUUAUUUGACACAUUUGCCACAUGUUUAUCAGAUAACUGAAAAUGUAUUGUUUAACAACAUAAAGUGUCAUUGUAUAUGCUUUAUUUUAUAUGCAAAUAUUUAUUUUACCUUUUCUUUAUGUGAAUGUACAUAGGCUUUGGCCAUAAGUGACUAUGAAUUACCAUGCAGUAUCUCCUUAAAAUGAACUGUCUGGCAACACAUUUCCUGUUUUGUGAAUACAUGUAUUUAUAUGUAUGUUAU